AUGCCACCAAAACUGCGGGAAAAGACACAAAAUUCAAUCCAGCAGGAAGGGAGGGUUAUACUUGCUAUUUCAUCCUUAAAGAAAAAAGAAAUCUCCAAUAUUCGUGAAGCUGCACGCCUGUAUGAUGUACCUCGGACAACACUACAACGCCGAUUGAAUGGCACCAUAAAUCGUGCUGAAAAACAGGCCAAUUGUCUCAAAUUGACAAAAGAAGAGGAAGAAUCACUUAUCCGAUGGAUACUCUCUUUGGAUCAACGUGGAGCAGCUCCCCGACCGUCUCAUGUCCAAGAUAUGGCCAAUAUUCUUCUUUCCAAUCGUGGUUCAUCCAAAACCCAACCUAUUGGCAAGAAUUGGGUAUAUAACUUCAUCAAACGCCAUGAUGAACUAAAGACCCGGUUCUCAAGGAAAUACAACCAUCAGCGUGCCAAAUGUGAGGACCCAAAUCUCAUCAAGGAGUGGUUCAACCGUGUACAAAUCACUAUAAUGCAGUAUGGGAUUGCAUAUGAGGACAUUUACAAUUUUGAUGAAACUGGUUUUGCUAUGGGCCUUAUUGCAACUGCCAAAGUAGUGACUAGAGCUGAAACUGCUGGUCGUCCUGCCCUAUUGCAGCCUGGGAAUCGUGAAUGGGUCACUGCAAUUGAAUGUGUUAAUGCUAUGGGGUGGGCUCUGCCUCCGUGCAUUGUAUUCAAGGGCAAGUCUCAUAUACAGGCUUGGUAUGAGGACAAUGCUUUACCAUCAGAUUGGCGGAUUGAACUUAGUGAGAAUGGAUGGACAACAGAUCAAAUUGGUCUCUCCUGGCUUCAAAAUAUCUUUAUUCCAACAACAAAUGGCUGUACUAAGGGAACAUAUCGUCUGCUUAUUCUUGAUGGUCAUGGAAGCCACUUAACGCCACAAUUUGAUCAGAUGUGCAAUCAGAAUAAUAUUGUGCCAAUUUGCAUGCCUGCACAUUCAUCUCAUCUUUUACAGCCUCUUGAUGUUGGCUGUUUUGCAGUCUUGAAGCGCACUUAUGGCCGCUUGGUGGAAGAGAAGAUGCGGCAGAGGAUCAAUCAUAUAGACAAGCUUGAUUUCCUUUCAGCAUAUCCACAGGCCCGUAAGGAGGCCUUUAAGAUGAUAUCAAGAGCGGCUUCAUGGCAACUGGCCUGGUUCCAUACGAUCCAGAGAGGGUGUUGA